AUGGCGAACAAAGAGGCGGGAACCCCUCCACCCAUUCCAUCCAGGGAGGGGCGGCUCCAGCCCACGCUGUUGCUGGCGACACUGAGCGCCGCCUUUGGCUCAGCCUUCCAGUACGGCUACAACCUCUCUGUGGUCAACACUCCGCACAAGGUCUUCAAGUCAUUUUACAAUGAAACCUACUUUGAGCGACAUGCAACAUUCAUGGACGGGAAGCUCAUGCUGCUUCUAUGGUCUUGCACCGUCUCCAUGUUUCCUCUGGGCGGCUUGUUGGGGUCAUUGGUCGUGGGCCUGCUGGUUGACAGCUGUGGCAGAAAGGGGACCCUGCUGAUCAACAACAUCUUUGCCAUCGUCCCCGCCAUCCUGAUGGGAGUCAGCAAAGUGGCCAAGGCUUUUGAGCUGAUCAUCUUUUCCCGAGUGGUGCUGGGAGUCUGUGCAGGCAUCUCCUACAGCGCCCUUCCCAUGUACCUGGGAGAACUGGCCCCCAAGAACCUGAGAGGCCUGUUGGGAACAAUGACCGAGGUUUUCGUCAUCAUUGGAGUCUUCCUAGCACAGAUCUUCAGCCUCCAGGUCAUCCUGGGCAACCCGGAAGGCUGGCCGGUGCUUCUGGCACUCACAGGGGUGCCCGCCCUGCUGCAGCUGCUGACCCUGCCCUUCUUCCCCGAGAGCCCUCGCUACUCCUUGAUUCAGAAAGGAGAUGAAGCCGCAGCACGACAAGCCCUGAGGAGACUGAGAGGCCACAUGGACCUGGAGGCUGAGGUGGAGGACAUGCGUGCGGAGGCCCAGGCUGAGCGCGCUGAGGGCCACCUGUCUGUGCUGCGUCUCUGUGCCCUGCAGUCCCUGCGCUGGCAGCUCCUCUCCAUCAUCGUGCUCAUGGCCGGCCAGCAGCUGUCGGGCAUCAACGCGAUCAACUACUAUGCGGACACCAUCUAUGCAUCUGCGGGCGUGGAGGCCGCCUACUCCCAGUAUGUAACAGUGGGCUCUGGCGUGGUCAACAUAGUGAUGACCCUUACCUCGGCUGUCCUGGUGGAGCGACUGGGACGGCGGCGCCUCCUGCUGGCCGGCUACGGUAUCUGCGGCUCUGCCUGCCUGGUGCUGACGGUGGUGCUCCUAUUCCAGAACAAGCUCUCCGAGCUGUCCUAUCUCGGCAUCAUCUGUGUCUUUGCCUACAUCGCGGGACAUUCCAUUGGGCCCAGUCCUGUCCCCUCGGUGGUGAGGACCGAGAUCUUCCUGCAGUCCUCCCGGCGGGCAGCGUUCAUGGUGGACGGGGCGGUGCACUGGCUCACCAACUUCAUCGUGGGCUUCCUGUUCCCGUCCAUCCAGGAGGCCAUCGGUGCCUACAGUUUCAUCAUAUUUGCCGGAAUCUGCCUCCUCACUGCGGUUUACAUCUACAUGGUUAUUCCUGAGACCAAGGGCAAAACAUUUGUGGAGAUAAACCGCAUUUUUGCCAAGAGAAACAGGGUGAAGCUUCCAGAGGAGAAGAAAGAAGAAACCAUUGAUGCUGGGCCUCCCACACUCUCUCCUGCCAAGGAAACUCUCUUUUAGUGGCCCUGCAUGACUGACGGACGGGAGCCCAUAUUUCAGGCUUCCUUCUAUGAGAAUGGACCUCCUAGCCCCAGGCUCUGGGGAGGAUAGUAGCACUGAGGCUUUUGUUGUUGCCCCCAUUUAAUUUAAUUAUGGAUAUUAUUAAAUACCCGCAAUCAUGCACAUUUAGCUGAGAAGUUCCAAGGCUAACCGCUGACGAAUGACCUGGGGGAAGGGGCAGGUAUGUGAAUUUUGAUUGGUUAAGACUUGAUUUUCCAAUUCUACAUUGGCACUGAAAUUUAAAUGAUGUAU